AUGGCUGGAUUCAGAGUGUCAGGCCUGCUCCAGCUGGAAACAAUCCCUCCUCAGAAACCAAAUUUGGACCAAUCGUCUGAGAAUCCUCCAGCACCAAGCUGUCUAUCACAAGUAGCUUCUUGCCCUUCACCAGAGGAUGUGAGGCCCCUCGAAAAAGCAGGGCCACGAAAAGAAACCACAAAGGGACGGAAGAAAAGGAAGUCGAGUAUUUUAACCGACACCCCAGUUAAAGAACAGCUGCGACUUGAACAAGAAAUGGCCAAGCAAAAACGUAUCAAACUAGAAAAAACACAACAAAGCAAAGGAACUACAAAUUUAAAGUCUGUCAAGAAGGGCCUUUUCAAAAAUAAAUCAGCUAAUGCUGAAAAAGCAAGUAGACCUUCCACCAAGAAGAAAUCAACCUCACGUCAGAAUUUGUCAGAUGAUGAAGAAGAGACUGACUCCGUCUGCAUCUAUUGCUUGGAAAAAUACAGCAAUUCGAAAUCAAGUGAGCAGUGGAUACAGUGCACCCGCUGCAAACGAUGGGCACACGAAGAUUGCAUUAAAGGCGAUUCUGCGUAUUUUGUUUGCCUCAACUGCGACAGUGACGAUGAUGCCGAAUUUUGCUAA